UUUUUUUUCAUAUCUGUGAACCACAAAAGGAUUGACAGUUUCUUAGAGCACAUCCAUCUUUCUACUGCAGGCUUCAUCAAACGCUGCCUUCAUUCGAGGCCUGAUCAUCAAGUCACCUUGUUUCUCUGACUCCACACUAAAACGCAGCUAUUCAUCUCUGCACCUGUUCUUAAUGUGUCUACAGGGGCAGGAGUGAAUUGUUUUUGAGAUUUUUCAUUUUUUUCAUUUAUUUUUUUUCUUAAACUCGGUCAUAAAACAGUCAAACGGACGAUCUGCAGCAACUGAGGAGAAACAACUGGUAACACAGCUUGGCAGUGAAAUAUGAGUGUGCAGUUCUGCUGAUCAGGAGCAUCAUGGGCAGCAGGCCAAGUAAAGGGAGGCGUAACAGCGUCCCUCACACACCCCUGCUGGAUUCAGAUGAGAAUGCAGAGCUCCACACCAUGGAUGGAAGGUAUGUCGUGGUUGCUCUGUAUAACUACCCAUCCGGAGGGCCCUCUGACUGCACUAUUAGAUUUGGGGAGAGACUCAACGUGCUUUCUGAUGAAGGCGAGUGGUGGAAAGUGAGUUCCUCAGCUACAGGAAUCGUGAACUACAUCCCCAGCAGCUACACAUGUAAAGUGUUUAACAGGUGGCAGUUUGUAGGUCUCAGUAAACAGAAGGCAGAGGAGCUGCUCCUCCUGCCUCAGAACCAGGCUGGCUCCUUUCUCAUUAGAGAGAGCCAGACCAUACUUGGUGCUCACUCACUCUCCGUGAGACUUGAGCGUCAGGCCAUCAAACACUACCGUAUCCAAAGAAUAGAGAAUGGCUGGCACUACAUCUCCCCCUCCCUCACCUUCCCUACUCUCACACACCUUGUCGAGCACUACUCUGAAGUGUCUGAUGGCCUGUGCUGUUUUCUGAGAGAGCCGUGCUUCAUCCAAGGCUCUAACAAUGUUCCGGUUGUGAGCGGCCCUCCUCCUAUAUCAGUCAGAAGAUCCACCAUCAACUGGAAAGAGGUCAACAGUUCUAUGAUCUUUGGGCCCAAAAAGGAAGGUGUGGAAGAUACGCUUGUCAGUGAGGGGCUGAAGGAGUCCAUUAAUUCCUACCUUUACAUGACUGAAAGUUGUGAUUGUGCUGGAAACUGGGACACGUGAGCUCACGGGACGCUCGAAAGAAAAGGAGAAGAGUUACGGCCGAGGCUGAUGGUCAAACUUUACUGUUCAUCAGUUCCCACUGGCACAUGCUGAGCUUCACACUGACACACACAGAUCACGGGAAAGGUUUGGACACGGACAGUGGAGGAAAGAACCUUUGAAAAGGAAGAGGCAGCAUUUUCCUAUAGUCCGUAUCAGUCUCUCUUCAGUCAUCACACUCCUUCCAGUGUGGGUGAUGGAGAUUUUAGCGUCACAGAUUUGCGUGUGGACUUUUUUCCUGAGGAUAAAAAAAGAAGAAAAGAAACAGAGAUACAGAAGUGACAGUGGGAGGCUCAAAGCAACGCCUGCAGACAUUUGUGUCGCUCAAACACUUCUGGAACUUUCUCUCAGUUUUUAUGGACUAGAGAGAGGUGAGACCAUGAUGGGAGACUCCAAACUUAUUUCCUGAUAAUAUAGAAGAAGAAGAAAAAAAGUAAUAUUGUUUUAAUUAAAACUCUUGAAAAGUUACACUACCGUUCAAAAGUUUGGGGUCACCCAGACAAUUUUGUGUUUUCCAUGAAAAGUCACACUUUUAUUUCCCACCAUAAGUUGUAAAAUGAAUAGAAAAUAUAGUCGAGACAUUUUUCUGGCCAUUUUGAGCAUUUAAUCGACCCCACAAAUGUGAUGCUCCAGAAACUCAAUCUGCUCAAAGGAAGGUCAGUUUUAUAGCUUCUCUAAAGAGCUCAACUGUUUUCAGCUGUGCUAACAUGAUUGUACAAGGGUUUUCUAAUCAUCCAUUAGCCUUCUGAGGCAAUGAGCAAACACAUUGUACCAUUAGAACACUGGAGUGAGAGUUGCUGGAAAUGGGCCUCUAUACACCUAUGGAGAUAUUGCACCAAAAACCAGACAUUUGCAGCUAGAAUAGUCAUUUACCACAUUAGCAAUGUAUAGAGUGGAUUUCUAAUUAGUUUAAAGUGAUCUUCAUUGAAAAGAACAGUGCUUUUCUUUCAAAAAUAAGGACAUUUCAAAGUGACCCCAAACUUUUGAACGGUAGUGUAUGAGUACAGUACACCUGUAAGUUCACUAUGUGCUUUGUACGGAUUGCUGAUUGUGUUACAGCACUGCAGUCACGUUUAUUUAAUGCUGCUUAAAGAAAAGCUUAAGAAACGAGUCCUGUCUUUUCACUCAUCAGAAUAUUCAAAGAAAAAACAGUCUGCUUCAGGAAGUGUGUGUGUGUUUGUUAGUUAGAGAGAGAGAUAGAUUGCAUGCAUGUGCAUUGUUGUGGUAAAUUGUUUCCUGUGCAAGAAAGUAUUCGCACCUCACAGUUCAGGUUAUUUCUCAACAGCCUCUGGAGUUUAAGCUUACUUCAUCACAAUACUAUACACAGUCAAUUAAAAUGUGAAAUUAAAAAAAAAAAGUUCAGUGUAUACCGGCGAAUAUCUGUGAUUAAUAUUCUUUCUUCCUUUGCACUGUUUGUGUCUCACAGGCAUGAAUGAGCUCUCAACCUUUUUACUGCUCGAGAGUUGAACUGUAUUUUUUAACACUGUAAAUGUAGAUAUAGCAAGUGUCAAUACUUUUUUCUAAAAAAACAAACGAUGUUUGAUUUA